AGACCGUUUUCCCGCCACGUCUGUUUUUGUGUGUUUUUCUUGUUCCUCUUCGCUGGUUUCGCGGUUUAAGCCCGGUUCCUGAGGGAAAUGGUCCCGUCUGGAGGCACUAAGAGCUCCGGCGACUGCAGUGAAACCUGAGGUUCCGCCGUUCUAGCUCCGUGUGAUGGAGAAGUAUGAGUGUCUGGGGCUGGUGGGUGAGGGAAGCUACGGAACGGUCACCAAAUGCCGCCACCGAGACAGCGGCCGGAUCGUGGCUGUCAAGAAGUUUCUGGAGAGCGAUGAGGACAAGAGUGUGAAGAAGAUCGCACUGAGGGAGAUCAAACUGCUGAAGCAACUGAGGCACGAGAACCUGGUGAACCUGCUGGAGGUGUGGAAGAAGAAGCGGCGCUGGUACCUGGUGUUUGAGUUUGUGGACCGAACGGUUCUGGAUGAGCUCGAGCAGUUCCCUAACGGACUGGAGCCCAACCGGGUCCGCAGAUACCUCUACCAGAUCCUCAGAGCCAUCAGCUUCUGCCACCAGCACAACAUCAUCCACAGGGAUAUAAAGCCGGAGAACGUUCUGGUGUCCCAGCAGGGGGUGGUGAAGUUGUGUGAUUUUGGCUUUGCUCGUACGAUGGCAGCUCCGGGGGAAGUUUAUACGGAUUACGUCGCCACUCGCUGGUACAGAGCGCCAGAGCUACUGGUGGGAGACACUAAAUAUAACAAGGCAGUAGACGUGUGGGCUGUAGGCUGUUUGUUUGUGGAGAUGGUGUCUGGUGUUCCUCUGUUUCCUGGAGAAUCUGAUAUCGAUCAGCUCUACCACAUCAUCAGGUGCCUCGGCAGUCUGACGCCACGGCAGCAGGACGUUUUCUACAGAAACGCUCUGUUCUCUGGAGUCCGUCUGCCAGAACCCACAGAGAGAGAACCACUCCAUUCACGCUUCCCCCAGCUCACCGGAACCACAGCUGACCUCACACAGAAAUGUCUGCAGAUGGAUCCAGAGAGAAGAUCUCAGAGCUCUCAGCUCCUGCACCACGACUUCUUCACCAGAGACGACUUCCACAUCCGCUUCAGCCUAGGCUCCGCCUCGAAGGCCGCAAAGAACCUGAAGGAGAACCCCAAAGCGUCUAAAAGCACAAAGAGAGAGCGGGAGGACGCGGCGAGGAGAGAGAGGGACGAGCUGACGAGGAAGGACAGCGAUGACGUCGCGCAGAGGGAGAAACAGGACUCCCUCGCGGAGGAGAGGAGCGGAGCCAAGCUAAAGGACGCUGGGCUCAAUGACCAAAACAGGCCGCAGACGUUCCUGCUCAGAGCCGGACCUGAGGGGGGAGAUACCACCCACGCCUCUAAACACAGUCCAGUGGAUUCAUACACACACAGCGAGACAUCGACAACAGCCUCCAGACCCCCAGAACUGCCCCUCAAAAACUGCCUUGCCCCCGGGAUACCGCCCCUGACCAACAGCCCACUGACCAUCGUUACUACUGCAGCCAGCACAGCCACGGGACCCUCACUGACCACAAUCAGCCUCAGGUCUGUUGAGAAGAAGAGAAACGUGAAUGUGUGUAACAGAUUCUCCCAGCAGUCUCUGUCCAAUCACACCGCAGCAGCUCCUGCAGUACAGGUAGGGCCAGAGCGGGGAUUGGCUCCAGAGAGAUCAUUCCACUGCAAAUGGAAUGCAGCAGGGAAUGCUGGGAAGAGAAGAGGAGAGAUACGCUUUCCUGAACUGCGCAACACACUCCUUCCAGAGCCCAGAGCAGACGGAAAACACAGCAAAAAGAAAGACACACGGAUUCCCUCCAUCACUGCAGCAGAGCACCUGGACAGAAACACAUAACACACACACACACACACACACACACACACACAUGCACGGACCCAAAGCCCACAGACGCACUGUAGAUCAUAACCCAUCAUCAGAUUCUCAUCAAUAAAUGUGCCGCACUCGUCUUAGACUGCUGAUUAAUGCUGGUGUUCACCAUUAGGUGGUGCUACAGCACAGCUUUACCACCUCUGACUCAGAGAAAAUCCUCUCCCAGUCUGUCUGCACAUCUUUUUACAGAUUUCCAGCAGGGCCUGGACCUCACAUUCAUACUGCGCACACGUAUUAUUUUUAUUACAUAUUAUUAAUCAUUUAUUACACGCAGCUCGCCAGGUUUCCUUGAGGUCUCACCUUCAAAGUUUGUGUUUAAUUUAUAGAGCAGAGAUUUUUAACUUUCAAAUCCAGAUUUGAGUUAAACCAGCCAAAAAUACUUCCAUAGCAACACAGCGCGUCUCAUUUUUACAGCACUUAUUCACUUUAAUUCAUCAUCAGCAACACUAACAUUUCUAAACGGGGAAUAUCAGCGAUGCCUGGGCUCUUAAUGGGCCCAUCACUUUUCCCUACCUGUGUAAUAGUUUGUGUGUUUGUGUUUAUCACUGUCAGAUAUAAUGAUUUUGAUAUAAUUGUGUUCACUUUCUUUGUUUACUCUUUACGCUAUGCGAGUUAGCCAGCUUGCUAACUGCUAUGAUAGCUGCUUGGCUAACUGCAGCUGCGCACAAGUCAUCCCACUGCUGCCCACCACAGCUGUUGUGUCAUUGUCUGUGGUUAGCAAGUUAGCUAGCUUACUAGCAUUUAGUCUGGCCCAGUUUCAGUUAUCUGCUCAGUUAAGAUCUAAUCAGAGCCGUUCAGGGCAGUUUGGUGUUCUAGAUAGAGUCAGAACUGCUCACGCUGUUCUCUUGGCUUUACACAAUAAUAAUUACACAAUUAAAGUGGAAUUUGUCCACUCAAAUUUCUGCAUAAUUAAGUGGUAAAGAUGUACACAGAGUCAUCCAGAGCGAUUCUCUGUUCUAGAUAACCUGACCGAGUCAGAGCCAUUCACAGUGGAGGUGAUGGGAACCAGACGUCCCUCUAAAAGCUCCUACAGAAAGUUCCUACAUGAACUGGUUCUGAAUUCACUGC